AUGAGGUGCGACAACAAUUACUCCUUCUCGAUUCUUUUCUCUCUUCUGCUUAUACUCAUCCUUGAUUCAAAAGUUGUCUCUCUUUCGACUUCGUGUCAAUCCAAAUCCGUAUGUGGAAAUAUAAAUAUCCCAUAUCCUUUUGGAAUUGAAAAAGGUUGUUAUCUCAAUGAAUGGUACAAAAUCGAAUGCAAAAACGCUACUUACCCGUUCCUCUUCAAGAUGGGCAUGGCAGUUGUGAAUAUCUCUCUUCCAGGUGACGAUGGUUAUAAUAAUCCUGUGUCAUACGGAUCAAUUCGUGUCAAAAUCCCAAUAACAUCCAUUGGAUGUUCGAGAGAUGGAAAAGAGUCUGGAUCGGUUCUAAAUUUUACGGACAGUCCUUUUUACUUUGGGAUUGGAAACAGCCUGGUUGCUGUUGGUUGCAACAGCAAGGCGUCGUUGACUAACAUCAAUCCGAGCAAGGUGGGAUGCGAGUUGAAUUGCACUGCAAGCAAAGAGACGUUGCCAAGUAAAAGCAUUCCUUUUUUCGACAAAACUGGUUGCUCAAACAACAAGUUGCCCUAUUACAGCUCGCUUUGUACAAAGAACAACGGGGAAGAUGAAAGAAGCUGUGAUGGUAACGGAUGCUGCAUCGCAGGUCUACUGGAUUCUGAGGCUCCACAAGUGAUCGGCAUCAACAUAGAGAGCUUUGAUCAUGGAAACUCGACAAAACUAGAAUGCAGAGUCGCUUUCUUAACAGAUGACGUCUCCCCGUUUUCGAAUGCAAGCGAACCAAAAAGGUUAUUUGCUAAAAGAUAUGCUACAGUUAGUUUAGGAUGGGUCAUCCAGACGAAGAAUCUCUCCUUUGUAAACUCCUUGAGCUGCAAAAACACGAAAGAGUACGAUAACUCUACGUAUAAUAUUAAACUCGUAACAAGUUGCAUAUGCAACAAUGUCACCAUUUCUGGGACAGAUUAUGCAAACUGUGGAUGCUCCCAAGGUUACGAAGGUAACCCAUACCUCCCUGGCGGAUGCAAAGAUAUUAAUGAGUGCCUACGUAACUCUUAUGGACAACGCCAAAAUUGUAGAGAAAGCGAUACUUGUGUGAAUCUUCCCGGAACAUUUAAUUGCAUUGGCAAUAAGACUAGAGUAACAAUGAUAGGAGUAGGUUCUGCUUUUGGCAUCUUAGUCCUAGUGGUUGGAAUUUGGUGGUUGAGAAAGUUCCUUAAGAAGAGAAGGAUGAGUAAGAGGAAAAGAAAGUUCUUUAAACGUAACGGAGGACUAUUGUUGCAACAACAAUUAAAUACAAAUAAAGGCAACGUCGAGAAGACACGAAUAUUCAGCUCGAGAGAGCUUGAAAAAGCCACUGAUAACUUCAGCGAAAGCAGGAUACUUGGACAGGGCGGUCAAGGCACUGUGUACAAAGGAAUGCUUGUCGAUGGUAGAACUGUUGCUGUCAAGAAAUCAAAAGUUGUUGAUGAAGACAAACUAGAGGAGUUUAUCAACGAGGUCGUCAUUCUAUCUCAGAUCAACCAUAGACAUGUCGUCAAGCUCCUAGGAUGUUGCCUUGAGACCGAAGUUCCUACUCUUGUUUAUGAGUUUAUCCCCAACGGUAACCUUUUCCAGCAUAUCCACGAAGAAUCUGAUGACUACACAAAGACCUGGGGCAUGCGUUUGCGCAUUGCAGUUGAUAUCGCAGGAGCUCUUUCGUAUUUGCACUCUGCUGCAAGCUCUCCAAUUUAUCACAGAGAUAUCAAGUCAACAAACAUAUUACUAGAUGAGAAGUAUCGAACCAAGGUGUCUGAUUUCGGUACUUCAAGAUCAGUAACAAUCGAUCAUACUCACUGGACAACAGUUAUUUCAGGUACAGUUGGAUAUGUGGAUCCAGAGUACUACGGGUCUAGCCAAUAUACUGAUAAGAGUGAUGUUUAUAGUUUUGGCGUAGUCCUCGUUGAGCUUAUUACAGGAGAGAAGCCUGUAAUAACCGUUUCGAAUUCUCAAGAAAUAAGAGGUCUAGCGGAUCAUUUCAGAGUUGCUAUGAAAGAGAACAGAUUCUUUGAGAUCAUGGAUGCUCGAAUAAGAGAUGGCUGCAAACCGGAACAAGUAAUGGCAGUGGCAAAUCUAGCAAGGAGAUGUUUGAAUUCUAAGGGAAAGAAGCGGCCAUGUAUGAGAAAAGUGUUUACCGACUUGGAAAAGAUACUUGCGUCUCAAGAGGAUUCAUUGGUAAAUAUUGAAAAUGACGAUGGUGCUGAUGAUGAGGAAGAAGGAAUGACUAUGAUAAACAUAGAUGAUUCACAGACCAUUUAUGUUACUGCUCCAGCCCCUAGUAUUGUGGCUUCGUCUUCCUCCUCAGAUGUUCAACCAUUGUUUCCUCACCCCACAUGGAUUUAGAAAUCAUCAUUCCUUU